AUGGAGAGUAUAGCUAGCUCCCCAUGGAGUAAACAACGCUGGUAUGAGAUCGGACCCACGGACUUGAUGGAGCGAAAGGGCUCUCUGACCCUCCGCUCCCAAGACAAGAAAUACUCCAAGCCUGUGCUGGUGUAUUCCUGGCACCAAGAUAGACAAGGUUUCCCCAAAGAUUAUGAUACAGAGAGUAUGGACCAAGUAGUAAACCUGUGUAACUCAACGUAUCAUCGACUCGGAACUGAGGAACCGCCAAUUUGGAUAUCAGAAACACAAGAACAGAUGUCACAGGUUUUCUUAAACCACGAAUUGGCUGGGAAAAGGAACAAGGCCUUAUUAAAUGAGGAAACAAUGAGCUCUGGGAUUAUUGAAAGGGACCUUGGUUUACCUGAUACAGGCUUUGGAGCUCUCUUUAGCAGACAUCCACCCAAUAGGAACAAAAUGUCAUCACUGACAACAUACUCUGAAGAUUAUGUACCAGUAUAUGAGUAUGUACCACAUGAUUAUUCCAGUCAGGAUGAUUACUCUAUAGUCCACAGAAAAUGCCGGUCUCAGUUCACAGAUCUAGAUGGUUCCAAAAGAUUUGGUAUCAACACGUGGCAUGAUGAAAGUGGGAUUUAUGCUAAUGCAGAUGCAAAACUAAAACUGUAUUCUUUGACUCAGAAUCCUAUUACACCAUUCUAAAAAAUUAUAAAGAUU